AUGGCCGACUCUGCGACGUCUGCGACCGCGAUGCCUCCCCCACCCUCGUCCGCCGGCCCUCCUGGCUACGACGGCGGCAACCAGGGCCAGCCCCAGCAGCACAUGCCGCCGCCGCCGCUCGCGCCCGUCAUCAUCCCGCAGAACACCAACCCCAUCCCCACUGCCAUCAGCUCUCCGAUGAGCGGAAAUGUCAUGUCCCCGACCAGCGGUCAGCCCGGCUAUGUGCCGCGCCGCGCUGCCCCGGAGCCGAAUAAGAGGGCCUUGUACGUGGGCGGAUUGGAUCCUCGCGUCACCGAGGAUGUGCUGCGGCAGAUCUUCGAGACGACCGGCCACGUCCAAAGUGUUAAGAUCAUUCCGGACAAGAAUGUGACUCAGCCUCAGCAGUUCAACUCCAAAGGUUUUAACUACGGCUUUGUUGAAUUCGACGACCCAGGAGCAGCCGAACGCGCCAUGCAGACCCUCAACGGACGCCGCGUCCACAACAACGAAAUUCGCGUCAACUGGGCAUACCAGUCCAACAACACGGCGAAGGAGGACACGUCCAACCACUUCCACAUCUUCGUCGGCGAUCUAUCCAAUGAGGUCAAUGAUGAGGUCCUGCUGCAGGCCUUCUCCACCUUCGGCCCUGUGUCGGAAGCUCGCGUCAUGUGGGACAUGAAGACUGGCCGGUCGCGUGGAUACGGCUUCGUCGCUUUCCGCGACCGCGCCGAUGCCGAGCGCGCCCUGAGCUCCAUGGACGGCGAAUGGCUCGGUUCGCGGGCAAUCCGCUGCAACUGGGCUAAUCAGAAGGGCCAACCGUCCAUCUCCCAGCAGCAGGCCAUGGCCUCGAUGGGAAUGACGCCAACCACGCCAUUCGGACACCAUCACUUCCCCACCCACGGCGUCCAGAGCUACGACAUGGUCGUUCAGCAGACCCCGCAGUGGCAGACAACCUGCUACGUCGGCAACCUCACCCCCUACACCUCGCAGUCGGACCUUGUUCCUCUCUUCCAGAACUUCGGAUACGUCACCGAGACCCGCUUCCAGUCUGACCGUGGCUUUGCCUUCAUCAAGAUGGACACCCACGAGAACGCUGCCAUGGCCAUCUGCCAGCUGAACGGCUACAACGUCAACGGCCGGCCUCUCAAGUGCAGCUGGGGCAAAGACCGUCCACCGACUGGCCAGUUCGAUGGCUACUCGCCCGCAGGCGGCCCGAACUCAGCGUAUCCUCAGACCCCGAGCACGUACUUCCCGCAGUAUAGCGCGGGACCGGGGGGCCCCAUGUCACCCCAAGGUGAGCGGCAUCGGAGGAAGCUACAAUAUCGGAAAUCACACUCUAAUACGCGGGCAGGACCGAGCCCCGGUGGACAACCCUUUGCCCAGUCCCCCCAAGCUGGCUUCGGCGGGCCUCAAAUGGCGCAGCCCUAUCAGCAGAUGCCCGGCAGCGCCGGCGGAUACGGUCGUGGUGGCCAACCCCAGCAGCAGUGGGGACAGCCCAACCAGGGCAACUUCAACCAGAACGGCUUUGGUGGCUACCAAGGCUAG